AUGGCCCCCGAACGUGUUUGCCUUGCCUACUCCGGCGGCCUGGAUACUUCCACUAUUCUCAAGUGGCUCGUCCUUCAAGGCUAUGAGGUCGUUUGUUUCCUCGGAGACUGCGGUCAGGAGGAAGACUUCGAUGCCGUCAAGGCCAAGGCUCUUAAGCUCGGUGCUGAGAAGAUGAUCAUCGAGAACGUCCAGCAGGAGCUGAUUGACGACUUGGUGUGGCCCGCCAUCCAGUACCUUCUCGGCACAAGUCUGGCCCGCCCCGUGUUGGCCAGGGCCAUGGUGCAAGUUGCAAAGGACAACAACUGCACCAUCCUCAGCCAUGGAUGCACCGGAAAGGGCAAUGACCAAGUCCGCUUCGAGCUGGCCUGGAAGGCCUGUGACCCCAAGAUGAAGGUCCUGGCCCCAUGGCGCAUCCCUGCCUUCUUCAACCGAUUCCAGGGACGUGCCGAUCUUCUCAAGUUCGCUGAGGAGCAGAAGAUCCCCGUCAGCUCCACUCCCAAGGCCCCCUGGUCUAUGGACGACAACAUCAUUCACUGCUCAUAUGAGGCCGGUAUUCUCGAACAAACCGACAAGGAGCCCCCGAAGGAUAUGUGGAAGCGCACUGUUGAUCCCCUGGACGCUCCCGAUAAGCCUACUCGCUUCACCGUCCACUUUGCUGAGGGUGUUCCCACUAAGCUUGAAGUCGAUGGCAAGACUGUUACUGGCUCUCUGGAGAUCUUCAAGGAGGCCAACGAGUUGGGCCGUGCCAACGGUAGGAUUGCAAACCGAAGGGCUUCUGAGCGAACAUUGACGUGGUACCAGGUAUUGGACGUGAGGACAUCGUCGAGUCGAGGUUCAUCGGGUCUCGUGAUGGACAGCAAGGUCCGCAUCAUUCGCGACCGUCUCUCAGAUGACUGGGCUCAAUGUAUCUACAACGGAAUGUACUUUACUCCUGAGCGCGAGUUCGUUCAGAACGCGAUCGCUUUCAGCCAGAAGCAGGUUGACGGCAAGGUCGAGGCUCUGGCCUACAAGGGCAACGUCAUCAUCGUUGGCCGCUCCAGCGAGACAUCUAACCUCUACAGUGAGGAAGAAAGCAGCAUGGACACCCUUGACAUGGACUGGAGUGUCGAGGACACAACUGGCUUUAUCAACGUGAACGCCAUCCGCAUCGCCAAGUACGGCGAGCGCAAGAUCAGGGAUGGCGAGCCCCUUUCCAAGCGCAAGUAA